AUGCUUGUGGCCCGGGCGGUAUUGGCAUUCAAAGUCAAAAUCCUGAAGGAACUCCUGCCAGCGUGCCAGCUGGUCCAUGGGGUCCUUGAAGGACCGCAGCCACUGCAGGGCCCUGUGGUCUGUGCGGAGAACGAAACGUCGUCCGACCAGCAGGUGUUUGAAUUGACGCAGGAACACAACGAUCGCCAGGAGUUCGCGACGGAAGGUACAAUAAUUCCUCUGUGGUUUAGUGAGAGUAUUGCUUGCGAAGCAGAUCGGGUGCUCUACUCCGUUCGCGUCGGCUCGGGAGAGUACGGCGCCGAUGGCGUACCCACUGGCAUCAGUGUCUAA